AUUCGACCUAUAUUCGUUCACUCACUGAACUUUCUCUUUCUAGACUCUUUCUCUCACACUUUGUUCUCUCUUAGAUAACGUUGUCUCUCUAAAGUGAUCCAUACCAGCUUUUGAGCUAUGGAAGACAAUACAUGGGGAUGUUCUUCAAGUGAAGAUGGUGACGAUGAGGUCUAUAUCCAAAAUGCAAGUGAUGAAGAGGUGCUCGGCUUUUCAUCUGGUUCUGUACCUAAGUUGCAGUUCAGGAACGUGAAAUCCAAAAGCAUUUGGAAUGAAGAAAUGGGAAUGGGAGAAGUCAUUGAGAAAAAUGGCAAAAUGUGGAUAACAACUGGAAUAGUUCGUAGUGGCAAGAUUUAUUCUUCAAUUGAGGAGACUUUGUAUCUUAUGGAACUCGGAGCCUUACAGCUAUUAGAAAAUAGUGGUAGAAGCAUAUCUCUGGCAGAAAUGUAUGAAAAGGUUGCUGGCGGGAAGAGUGGAUGUUGUUGGGAGCUGUUUGAGGUUUACAGGCACCUCAAGUCUCUUGGUUACAUAAUUGUGCGGCAUGGUGUUCUUUGGAGUUUGAAGAGUAUUAAAAGUUCCCAUAGACCUACUGCUCUUGAAAUGGCAGAGGAAAGCAAAGAACUAAUAGACAUGGGCUCUGUCCAAAGAUUCUUUUCUGAGUUGCGAGUAAAUGAUUUGAGGCCAGAUUUUGAUGUUUAUCUUCCGAACAGCCGAUUUAGAAAGUCUUCCCCUGGUGAUCCAAGUUUUUUACUGUACUUAUCUAGGGGUCAUCCACCGUCUAGAACAGAGAUUGAAGUCCUUAAGAAGCAAUGUGGUGACAUUCCUUUGAAAAUCUGCCUGGUCACAGAGGGAAGGGUCAGUUUCUUUUCCUUUGACAAGGUGGAUCUUCCUGUUCUACCCUGAAGCUCUGGUACCGACGUUUCUACUCUGAGCUGGGGGCAAAGGAAACUAAGAGGUGUAACAAGAGAAUGGGUUUGUUGUAAAGUUAUAGCUUAUUAUGAUUAUGAUUCUGCAGUGAGAGCAUGCUAUUGUUCACCAUAGCAAGAAUCUAAGGCAUAGGCUUAGCCAUACACCUAUAUAUGCUUAUUGUUGUUCUCCUAAUUUAUAUAUAAAUGUUUCUGCAGUUUAGCAAAA